UGGGCGUGGCCGACUGGCGUUGGUUGCUAGGCUGAGGCGGGCAGGGCGUCAGACUUAGUCCGCGCCUGGUUCGGCCAUUAACGGAAGUGCGGAUUCGAGCGGCUCUCAGGUGCGCCGAGCUGCAGCGAGAGCGAGAUGGAGGUGAACCAGGCGGCGUCUGGCACCGACGGUGUCCGCGAGCGGGGAGGCUUGGGCCGAGCUGAAAGGAGGGAGCAGAACCGAGAUGAACGGCAUCAGUCCGGGAAGAACGGGCUCCCGAAACACUCCUACUGGCUGGAUCUCUGGCUCUUCCUCCUUCUCGACCUGGUGUUGUUCAUCUUCGUGUACCUCUUGCCCUGACUGUUUUGCCAAGAUGUCAAGAGCGUGUGGCUUCUGGGGUGAAUCCUGAAUACUACAGACUUCUUGAAUAAAGAGGAUUUCCAGCAGCUGAAUUCCAGCCCUCUAACCUUUCCUUAACUCCUGACCUCCUCAAAAUAGCACCAUGUAUUUCAAGCCUGUGUUUAGUGCUUGAAUUAAUAUUAUUGUAGCUAAGUGAUAUAUGUAUAUAUAUUUUUAAUAAUGCUUGCAACUUAAGUACUUAAGGGAAAUGUAUGUGGAAUUUACUCACCACAUGAGGUAUUGGGCCCCUCACUAUUAACCAGGACACAGCGGUCAACAACAGAGGAAAAAAAAAUUCCUUUGUGACACUAUCUUGAGUAUUGUUUUAAAAUAUGCUAUUUUAAAAUAUUAAUCAUCUGUGGUUGGGUAGGUAGCAUUUACUCAGAAAUGCAACGGUCCCAAAGCAGCCAGUAUAAGUACUUUGGAAGCUGUUCUUUUUCAUCCUAAGAUUUGUGUAAUUAGAAAUUGGUUACUGUUGGUUUUAAUGCUGUUCAGUAUGAGAAAUGCCUAAAAUAUAGGGGGGGCUUCUCCCUUAUAAUUAAGUCAUAUUUGGUAAAUUGUUAACAGCUAUGUCUUCAGGAUAUUGUUGCAUUUGCUUGGAUAAUUUUUUGUAAUUGUAAUUUAUAAUUGAAGCAUUUGUAUCAGAACACAGGACUGGGAGGACACUGAGUAUACCAGACUGUGUGACCCAAUUUGUACUGUGUAUUAAUUUUCUCUAAUAAAUGUUUAGUUAUACUGCUGAA